ACGCGGUGCGCGGGAUACUCUCAUUGUGAUUGUUGUUGACAGUUUCUCUGUGGAGGGAUUUUGGCGGUUUUUGCAAGACAGUCGCCAACGCAAAUUUAACGUUAGAAACCGAUGUUUUUUUAAUGAAGUGAAAGGUUGUUAAGUUCAACCCCAGUCAGAGAAUGUAUAUCAAGCAAGUUAUUAUACAAGGUUUUAAAAGUUAUCGUGAGCAAACAGUGGUAGAGCCCUUCCACCCAGGACACAAUGUUGUCGUUGGUCGAAAUGGUUCUGGAAAGAGCAAUUUUUUUUAUGCCAUUCAAUUUGUGCUAAGUGAUGAAUUUAAUCACUUGAGACCUGAGCAAAGGCAAGCUCUGCUGCAUGAAGGAACAGGACCGAGAGUGAUAUCUGCAUAUGUAGAAAUCAUAUUUGAUAACACAGACAACAGACUUCCCAUAGACAAGAAGGAAGUUAGCUUGAGGCGUGUUAUUGGCUCAAAGAAAGACCAGUACUUCCUUAGUAAAAAGAUGGUGACCAAGGCAGAUGUGGUGAAUUUGUUAGAGUCGGCCGGAUUUUCCCGCUCCAACCCCUAUUACAUCGUAAAACAAGGCAAAAUCAACCAGAUGGCUACUGCUCCUGAUUCUCAUCGCUUAAAGCUCCUAAGAGAAGUUGCUGGCACGAGGGUAUACGAUGAAAGAAAAGCCGAAUCUGAAACCAUCAUGAAAGAAACGCAAGGAAAACGAGAAAAGAUUGAAGAAUUUUUACGAACGAUCGAAGAUAGAUUGAAAACUUUAGAAGAAGAAAAGGAAGAGCUUAAAGAAUACCAGAAAUGGGAUAAAAUCAGGCGUUCGGUUGAAUAUACCAUUCAUGACAGGGAACUGAAAGAGACAAGAAAAAAAUUGGACGAUAUGGAAAACACGCGCAAAGACUCUGGUGACCGUCAAGACAAAUUAAGGCAGCAGCUAGAGCGUGCCCAAGAAAAUAGCAAAUCUGCUUCUAGAGAACUUCGUGAUCUGAAACAUCGUGCCCAAGCUGCUCGAGAGGAGCGCGAUACAUUAAAUGCAGAGCAACAACAACUUCUGAAAGAGAAAUCCAAGUUAGAAUUAACCAUAAAAGAUCUGAGUGACGAGGUGCAAGGGGAUAACCAAUCGAAAGAGCGAGCAGAACGAGAACUUCAACGUCUUCAUGAGACAAUUGCUCAAAAAGACGGUGAACUAGAACGCAUUAAGCCACAGUACGAGGAAAUGAAGAGGCGCGAAGAAGAAUGCACUAGAGAACUAGCACUGAAAGAGCAAAAACGUAAAGAACUCUAUGCUAAGCAAGGUCGUGGAUCACAAUUCACAUCCCGAGAUCAGCGUGAUACAUGGAUCCAAAACGAAUUGAAGUCUCUCUCGAAAGCUAUCAAGGAGAAAAAUGAGCAGAUAGAGCGUCUCCAAGAAGACUUGAAGCGAGACGCCCGUAAACGCGUCGAACUGGAGAAAAAAAUUGAAGAAAUGACCAGUGAAAUGGAAAACCAUCGAUUAAGUAUUGAUGAUCAUAACAAAGUUUUCUAUGAUAUGAAGAAAAGGAAAGAUCUUCUCCAAAGCGAACGAAGUGGAUUGUGGAGGAACGAAACCUUGAUUCAACAGAAUUUAGCAUCGUCAAAAGAAGAGCUUGCAAAAUCGGAUCAAGUACUACGCUCGUUGGCUGGCAAGCCAAUCCUAAAUGGAAGAGACAGUGUACGUCAAGUUUUAGAUAACAUGCGUGCUAAGGGCGGUCGGAUGGCUGAAAUUGCGGAUUCCUACCACGGUCUUGUCAUUGAAAAUUUUGACUGCGAUAAAAGUAUUUUCACGGCUGUAGAGGUCACGGCUGGUAACCGAAUGUUUCAUCAUAUUGUAGAAUCAGACCGUGUUGGCACGGAAAUUCUCAAACAAAUGAACCACGAAAAGCUACCCGGAGAGGUGACAUUCAUGCCGCUAAAUCGUCUAAAUGUACGCGAAACUAACUACCCUCCGACAGAAGAUGCCCUGCCCAUGGUUACCAAGUUGCAAUAUUCUGAUCGUUUCGAUAAAGCCAUGCGUUAUAUUUUUGGGAAGACAAUGAUUUGCCGUAACUUAGAAGUAGCUAGUGUUCUUGCACGUACAACUGGUUUGGAUUGUGUAACUCUUGAUGGAGAUCAGGUCUCAUCAAAAGGCUCGCUUACCGGCGGUUACGUCAAUACGUCCAGAUGCCGUUUGGAAGUCUAUAAAACCCGUUCUACUCUGAAUGCGCAAGUAGCAGAGAAAGAUAAAGAGCUUGCUGACUGUCGGAGUAAAUUGCAGCAAGUGGAAAGUGAAGUAAACCAAUUGCUCAAUGAAAUCCAACGCACAGAAACGAAAAAUAGCAAAUCAAAGGAUGUUUUUGAGAAGGUAAAAGCAGACAUACGAUUAAUGCGGGAAGAGCUAAACAACAUCGAACGAUCCAAGCAACCCAAAGAGAGAUCACUAGCGCAGCUACGUUCAUCAUUGGAAGCCAUGCAGUCGACUAAAGAGGGUCUUGAAUCAGAAUUACAUCAAGAGCUAAUGACGCAGCUGUCGGUAACCGACCAAUUAGAAGUAGACCGGUUAAAUGACGAUAUUCGUCGUUUGACUCAAGAAAACAAGGACGCCUUUAUCCAGCGUAUGAGAUUGGAGGCCGAUAAAAAUAAGUUGGAGAACUUGCUGACGAACAAUCUGAUACGAAGACGAGAUGAGUUGCAACAAGCUCUGCAAGAAAUUUCGGUCGAGGAUCGUAACCGCAAGUUGGAUCAUUGUCGCUCCGAGUUGGGCACAGUUGAACGCCGACUCGACGACGUCAGUGAUGCGCUCAAAGAUGUGGAAAAGAAAGUCUCGGACUUGAGUCGAAAGCAGAAGGAAGCACAGAGUGAUUUGGAGAAGUUACGUUUUAAGGAAAAGGAUAUCGACGAGCGUCUUGCCGAAAGUGCAAAAGAUUUUGAUAAAAUGGCGUCGAGGCAAACGGCAUUGCAGCAGAAGAUUACCGAGUGCACCGAAAAGAUUCGCGAUUUGGGAUCAUUACCCAGCGACUCAUUUGACAAAUACCAGUCUAUGGCGACGAAGUUGCUUUUUAAACAACUGGAAAAGGCAAAUUCCGAGUUGAAAAAAUAUAGCCAUGUCAACAAGAAAGCUUUGGACCAAUUCAUUUCCUUUUCCGAAGAAAAAUCUAAGCUGUUGGAGCGUAAAGAAGAACUUGAUCAUGGUUACGACAAGAUCAAGGAGUUAAUGAGUACGCUGGAGUAUCGAAAAUACGAAGCGUUGCAAUUUACCUUCAAACAGGUGUCAAAAUACUUUUCGGAAGUCUUCCAACGACUAGUUCCUAACGGACAUGCAUACUUAAAGAUGGAUACCGGUGCUGAUUCGGCUGGUAACUCGGAAGAUGCAUCAGCUUCGUUUGGUGACACAGAGGGAACGGAUCAGUUUACGGGUGUCGCCAUUAAAGUUUCCUUUAGUGGGCAGAACGCAGAAAUGAAGGACAUGAAUCAACUUAGCGGUGGCCAGAAAUCUCUAGUAGCACUAGCUUUGAUUUUUUCCAUUCAGAAAUGUGAUCCGGCCCCUUUCUACCUCUUUGACGAAAUUGACCAGGCCCUGGAUGCUCAGCAUCGUAAAGGGGUAGCCGAUAUGAUCCACGAGCAUUCGAAAAAUGCCCAGUUUAUUACCACAACUUUCAGACCGGAACUCUUGGAACAUUCAGAUAAAUACUAUGGUGUCAAAUUCCGUAACAAAGUCAGUCAUGUUGAGUGCGUUACUAGAGAGGAAGCGUACGAUUUCGUCGAGGAUGAUCAAACCCAUGGCUAGAUUUUUAAAGAAAAUUAAAACAAAGAUAGAAACACAUCGUUUCCAGCCCAUUCGCCAUCAUGCAUGUUUUGUUUCGUUUGCAAUCGUGUCAUCAUCUCCAAAAUUAUGUUUGAAUACAUUUCAACAAGAAGCUUUUUUCAGGUAA